AGGAGGGAGAGCAAUGCCGCGGCGCCCAAUCGAUCGGCAGCAUUCCCAGGUACGCGCCACGGAUUUCUGGAGCUCGAUCCUGCCGCGCGGUUUGAUUCGGGGGAUCGGGAGAGGCCGCAGCUACGAUAUUUCGGAGACUUUCCAUGAAGGAUGAAGUUCCCGGAGGAAUGCCUGCGCUCUUGCUUGCAAGUCUGCCGGGGAUUUUCGGAUGCUGAGCGGCCAGCUUGGAUCGUGCCGUCGCUGGUCGCCACAGCUGCGCUGGUGGGGUUUUUGGUGGGGCGGUUUGAUGUCACGGCUCUGAUCGGCAAGCUAGAGCGGGUUUUGCGAAAUGGAGAGCCUAGAGCGAUCCUUUCGCAGCUUUCAGGGAUUCUUUGGGGGACAGGAGGGAGCUUUAGACAUCACGUAGCUUCACAGGUUAGAACGAAGCAUAGCUGCUUGAUCAGGACGAUUAGCAUUGAGGAAGGCAAGAGAGCGGUGACUUUGAACCAGAAAAGCAUAGAGGUGGUGAAGGAGCACAAGAGCGAUGAUUCGCCGCAGCCAUCUCCUCAAUCGACAAACUCUAGCUCCAACUCUGGGUCCGGAUCUUUCAAAAAGGAGAACCUGUCUCCGUUGCUGGUUGGAUCGAAGAAGUCCACUCCGGCGAGCUCGAUCUCAAGCCUGGAAAACAGUCCCGUGGGUACGCUACGAAGGAGGAGGGAAUUGGAACUGGACGCUAUGGAGGAUAGUGGAUGUUACAACCAAAGCACUUCCUCUGGGAAGCCAAGGCCGCUAUCCAUCCCGACAUCAAACACUACACUCUCAGAUUGCGGGACUCCAAGUCUUUCUUCGCUCGAGUAUGAAAGGCUACAAGAUCUGCCGGACGAUGGAACUAUUCCUGCCGCUGCGUGGAUGUGUGGCAAAGAUGUGGUCUCCAUGGACCUUUCAUGCAGCAGCAUGAAGUGGCUGAAUCUCAUUGAGAUUGAUCUGGACACUGUUUAUGGUGAGGACUGGUCCCAGCGUGUUCAUCCGGACGACUUACUGCGCUCCAAGGAGGUUAUUGCUCGGGCUGUAGGCUCGAAAGUGCCAUUCCAGAUGGAAUAUCGCCUACAGGUAGGCCAAGACCAUUUUAGAUGGGUUCUGGAUAUUGGCAAGCCAAGGUUCUCUUCCUCUUUGACUACUGCGGAGUUUCUCGGUUUCGUUGGCUGGAGGAUUGAUAUACACGAGCGGAAGACUAUUGAGAAUAACUACUGGAAGUACUGGACACUGCCACACGAGUUCUUGGUGACAUGGAGUGGUGACGGUCAGUUCUUUGACAAUGUUAGUACGAGUUUACCAUCUUUCCUCGGAUAUACCAUGGAGGAAUUUAAAGCUGUUCCUUGGAUUGAAUGGCUGCACGAGGAAGAUAAGGCGACUGCAAGCGAUGCGUUCUCAAAGCUUAAAGAUGGGAAAGCAGUCGUCAAUCUGGUUAAUCGCUAUCGUUGCAGGGAUGGCAUGGUAGCCUCUCCUUUGUACAUAGACGGGACUGGGACUUACAAGUGGCUUAAUUGGACGGCAAAUGACAUGUUUGCAGCUUGUCGUGAUAUAACUGCGGACAAGCUAGCUCAGGUGGAGCUUCAAAGAUCACAGCAGGAACUGCAGAGACUCACGGACGUGAUUCCAGGUGGCGUUUUCCUUUGCCGAGUUGCCAAAGAAGGGACAGAGUGUUUUCCUUACAUGAGCAAAGGCGCAAAGAAUCUAUUUAAUUGUGAAAUGAAAGAAACAUGUGAUCAUGGAGGAAAUCUGAAUAGAGUGUUCGGUUUGAACGUGCAUCCGGAUGAUUGGCCAAGGUUAGAAGCCGAAAUGAAAUUGGCAGUCAGCACCCAAGCUCCUUUAGACCAUGACUACCGUGUGCUGAUGGACCGAAACACUAGAUGGGUUAGAGUUCAUGCAGUUCCGAGGUUUGAUUCUAUAAGUGGAUCAACCGAAUGGUCUGGAAUUGCAUGGGACAUAACUGAGCAGCACCAGGUGGUUGCUGCACUUAAGGAAGCACGAGACAGCGCUGAAAGAGCUGCUCAAGCGAAUAGAAAGUUCCUGGCUCAUAUGUCACAUGAAAUUCGUACUCCUAUGAAUGCUGUGAUUGGCAUGGGAGCUCUAAUCCUUGAAACGGACUUAACGGAUGAGCAACGCGAGUAUGCCUCUACGAUUCGGAGCAGUGGAGAGGCAUUGCUGGGGAUUAUCAAUGAUAUCCUUGAUUACAGCAAAAUUGAAGCGGGUAAGAUGGAGCUUGAGUUGCAACCUACAGAGAUCCUGCAAUGUGUUGAAGAAUCAUUUGAUCUUGUCGCUCCUCAAGCAGCCGUGAAGGGUCUCGAGCUGACUUAUAACGUAACGGAUUCUGUUCCUAGCGUUUUGCUCGGGGACUCGGCUCGAAUCCGCCAAAUCUUGGUAAAUCUUCUUAGCAACGCCGUCAAAUUCACCGAGAAAGGAUACAUAUCAGUGAAUGUCACUGCACGCCAAUUAGAAGAUCCUGGGAGACUGCCGUUUAAGAAGUUCAACCGGAGCCUCUGGGAAGUUGAGUUUUCUGUGGCCGAUUCCGGUAUAGGAAUCCCCGAUGACCGAAAGUGCUCGCUCUUUCAAGCUUUCACACAAGGAGACACUUCAACUACCCGAAGAUAUGGUGGCACUGGGCUCGGUCUUGCAAUUUGUGCGCGCCUAUGCGGUCUCCACGGUGGUCGCAUUUGGGAAGCAAACGACCGCAAAGAAGGCUCAACAUUUCACUUCACAGUUCUAGCUGAAGAUAUGCCGAGAUACAGCCAACCGGCUAGUGACCAUGGAGAUCUUCCAGGACUGAAGAACAAGCGAGUAUUGAUUGUCGCUGGGAGCAGCAGCAGCACACAGACAAUGUGCUCUCGUCUGCUCAAGAGUUGGCAUAUGAGACCUGUUUGUGCAAGCACCAGCGAUGAGGCCCUCAUGCUUCUAACGCAAAUGGUCGACUCUGCUAGCAUUUCCUCGGGCCGGCUGGCCCGCUUUACUGAGAGAUCACCGCGUGCGUUUGACGUUGUGAUUUUCGACUGCUCGCUGCUUGAUGCAGAGGAUCCUCAAGUUAUGGAGUGCUUGGGAGUCUGUCAUGCAACGCUGCAGACAGUACCGACGUUGCUUCUGACACCUUUUGGACGAAGGACGCGUGACUACUAUAGCGGUAAACAACCUGUGCAAUUCGAUGCUUACGUCUCAAAGCCGAUAAAGGAAUCCCAUCUUCUCAACGCCUUGAUGAGCCUGGUGCUGGAGCCGCGUGAAGCAGAGAAAGAGGAAUACUAUCAGUUACCUGGCGCUGCCUCGGCUAGAAAGCCGAAAAAGGAAUCCUCGUCGCUAAGUCCCGCAAACAAUGUCUCGGACUUGGGAAAGCUGUAUCCACUUCGCAUCCUUGUGGCCGAGGACAACAUCGUCAAUCAAAAGGUUAUUCUCAAGCUGCUGUUAAGACUGGGCUACACAGCCGAUGUGGUUGGAAACGGACGGGAAGCACUGGACUCCGUGAUGCGUCAAGUCUACGACGUUAUUCUCAUGGAUUGCUUCAUGCCGGAGAUGGACGGGCUGGAAGCAUCGAGGAGAAUCCGGGAGAACAUAAGACCGACUCCUGUCAUCGUUGCGGUGACUGCCGCGGCGUUGAAGGAGGAGAUGCAAGCGUGCUUAGAAGCGGGCAUGCAUAUGUAUAUAUCCAAACCGAUUCAGGCCGACGAGCUCAUGCAGACGUUGGGAAAGUGCUGGCGAAUGAAACACACGGAACCAAGUCAAUAGAAAAAGAAGGGGAAAUCUUGUGCGAAUAUACAAGUCAAAGGAUAUACCUUUUAGCUGGAAA